AUGGUGGUGGCGGUCCUCCCAGACGUACCGGAGAGCCGCCGCCGCCUCCUCGCCUCCCAGGGCUGCAUCAUCCGCGAGAUCGAGCCCGUCUACCCGCCGGAGAGCCAGACCCAGUUUGCCAUGGACUACUACGUCAUCAACUACUCCAAGCUCCGGAUCUGGGAGUUCAUGGAGCACCAGAAGAUGGUGUUCCUGGAUGCGGACAUACAGGUGCACGAGAACAUCGACCACCUGUUCGACCUGCCGGACGGGCAGUUCUACGCGGUGAUGGACCGCUUCUGUGAGAAGAAGUGGAGCCACACGCCGCAGUCCAAGAUUCGGCUAAUGCCAGCAAUGCCCGGAUAG